AUGAUCAAUCCCAACUCGAAGCGUGGCCGCGCGAUGCUCCUCGCGGCGCAGGCGCAGGAGCGGCCGGCGGCGGCGCCGCAGCAGGCCGCCGCAACCCGGCCGCCGCUCCGCGAGAACCCGGCGCGCUCCUACUCAUUAGGAGACGACGACUGGGGCGCGCGGCGGCCCGUGGCUAAAGUACAAAGGCCGGCGGCGGCGCACGACGCGCGCGCAAGGAGGGAGGCGCGGCGCCAGGCGGUCGCCGCCCAGGCGCCGGCGCCCGCGCCGGAACCGGUCAUUGUAAAGCCGGUCGUCCCGGAGCCACCGGCUGUGCCGAAGGAGGCCGGUCCACCUGUCGCAAAGCGCUGCUUCUCGUUAGAGCACCAGCCCCAGUCUGUAUCGAUUGCGCCGGACGGGACGUGCGUGGUGGCCGGCUUCGCGUCGGGCGUCGUCCGCUUGUUCGACCUCACGUCCACGCCCCAGCCGGAGGACCGCUGGGGCUGCGCUUUAGGAGUUGUGGGAAACAACGCCCAUGGAACAUUAAGGGUGCACGUCGAGAUUAGCGACGACGGGAAGAUGCUCUUCGCGGGCGCGCGGACGGGCAAGGGCUUCCGGGCCUGGGAUUUACAACAUUUCCAUUUGUUACGAGAGAAUCGCGGAUUUGCAUCAGCAACUAGAGUCAGAUCCUAUCCGUCGAGUGAUGCUCGAUUACGAGGUUUCUGUUCUGUUGCUACCACUGAUAAAGGUUAUAGACUACUGUGCGGCGUGGGCUACGGCCACAUGACGGUCUGGGACUUGACAAUCAGUGAUAACGUGCCGACCUGGACUUGUGCGUUUCAUGAAAAUGUUGGCGGUCCCGCGUUCCGUAGUGGCGUUUUAUGUGCCGGUGGCAGUAGAGCGAUCACGCGCGUCGCCGAGAAGCCGUUGAGAGUGUGGAGGUUGGAUGCGGCGAAGGCGGAGCACCACGCGAUCCCCGACACGUGCGGCGACGAGGGUAUUUUGGUGCGAGGUGGGUUGGAGGGGCGGACUUCCACGAGAGGUGCGGUCGCGUUGUUGGGCAUGGGCUGCGGCGAGCUGCGCGCGACGCAUUUGCGCGAUUUGAAGCCCGACGGCUCUGGUUCUUCAGAGGCGCCGCUGACCGCGGAUACGAUAGAACUGCCGCCGCCGGACGCGGCGUCUGGGAGACGGCGCCAGCGGAGCGUGCAGGCCGUCUCGGCUUGUCGCGGGGCCGAGGCGGCGGCGAUCCAUUUAGAUGAUGGUCACGUCGCGCUGUUGACGUACGGUGAGGCGCCUACAAUCACAGCUUGGCUCGCGCCGCGCGAGAGCACGUCCGUCCAAGUCACGCUAGGCUCCGUGGACGACGCGGUCGUGGCGGCGUGCGUCGUCUUCGAUCCUGAACGGUCUGUGGGAGUGCUGCGCUACGCUGCUCUCGCGAACGCGGAGGCGGGGUCCCUUCGUUUAUUGGACGACGACACGACAGCUUUGGUCGACCGGUCGUCGUCCGAAAACUGGGAGGAUCGGCUGGCGGGCGGGUGCUGGAACUGCGGCGGGUCCGACGAGUGCUGGGCGCCGGAGGCGCGCGCCGUGCCCUGCAAGCGCGCCGAGCCGGAGGCCCUCGAGGCGCCGCCGCCGCCGAAACGACGACGCUCCAGUACCGAGAAGCCUAUUGAUGUGACGGCCGAGAGCGACGAGGAUGAGGAGUCCGGCUCCAAGCUCAAGCAGCGGCUCGAGGCGACGCAAAGGUUGUUGCGAGAAUCUAGGGCGGCCCACGACGAGGACUUGAGAAGGGCCGACCGGCGCUUCGAGGAGGAGAAGCGACUCAGGAAGGAGUGGAAUGACGCGCGGCGGGCCUACGAACGGCGGCUCGACGACGCGCACGCCGCGCGGGCUCUGCUGGAGACGGAGUUUAGGGGCGGCGACCUCACCUUUGAUAUGACGCAACUGGAUGGCGUGCACCACAAGCUAACGGAGGCGUUGAAAAGGAACCGGGCCCUCGCUCAAAGAAGGGCGGAGCGCGACGCGCGGGGCCCGAACUGCGUGUCGUGUGCUCUUCGCGCGCCGACCGUGGCGUUCGCGCCGUGCGGGCAUAGAGCACUAUGUGCGCAAUGUGAGGGCGAGCUGAAACGCAGGGACGCGCUGGAGCGGUGCCCGUGCUGCAAGGAGCGCGUGCUGGCGACGGUGCACGUGCGGGACCUUUCUUUCGCCUCCGGGGACGAGGUGGCUUCUUCGUCGCCUUGGGGGUGAGCUUCUUGACUCGAGUGUAAGCUUGGGUAUCCUA